AUGCUCUCACGCGCCAUCUUCAAUGCACUGGCGAUCUUUGCCUCGUCAGUGGCAGCUGGGCCUACUUGGCACACCAGCAGAGGUGAAGAUCUUGUGAAAUUCUUGGAGAGGGCAACUGCCCCCACGUUGAACUUCCAUAUCUCGUCCAAUGCUUCGAUCGUUACCCCUGAUUCCCCUGAGUGGGCUGAAGACACGACCCGCUGGUCCACGUGGAGCGCGCCAACAUUUAGCGUCGCAUUCCUUCCCGCGGAAGAGAAGGACGUUUCCGUUGGUCUCCAAUACAUGACGAAGCACAACAUCAAGUUCCUUGCAGGUGGCGGCGGUCACGGGAAUACCGUUACACUGGCUAAAGCCAAGGAUGUCGUGUUCAUCAACAUGGAAAAGUUUAACAAAAUCACCGUCAACUCCGAUAAGACCAUUACCGUCGGCGGUGGAGCUAGGUUUGGUGAUGUUUACACGGCGGCUUACGGAGCCGGUCGAGAAUUGCCCCUUGGCUCUUGCUCUUGCGUCGGUGUUGGCGGCGCGAGUCUCGGCGGUGGUCACGGCAGACUUCAGGGCAAAUACGGCUUGAUCGUAGAUGCCAUCGUCAGCAUGCGCGUCGCUCUAUGGGAUGGCUCUAUCAUCGAAGUAUCCGAAACCAAGAACUCGGACCUGUUCUGGGCCAUGCGUGGAGCUGGCCACAACUUCGGAAUUGUUCUUAGCUUCACCUACAAGACCUGGCCUCUGCAGAACAACGGCUUGACCUAUAACGCGGACAUGACCUUUACCAACGCUUCUCUCGAGGGAGUCUUUGGCGUCAUCAACGAUCUUAUCCCUGACCAAGACCCUGGUCUUGCUUUAGACCUUUUCAUUAUGACUGACGCAUCUACUCACGAGACCGUUACCUACCUCAACAUCGUGUAUGCCGGCACGAAAGAUCAGGGAGAUAAGUUCACGGCUCGCUUCGCUACGAACAAGAAAUCGGCUGGAGUCAUUGAGCGCACUUCCCUGAACGUGACAAUGGUCCCCUGGAGCCAGAUCACGCACCAAGCCGCUGGUGGCAUGAUCGACCUGGCAUGCAUUGACGGAGCAAGCCAGAACGUUUACACCGUGAACCUGAAGAAGUUUGACAUCGCCCAGCAGCGGAGGUUCUACAACACAUACGUAGAAUUCAUCAAGAACAACCCGCUCGCGAUCAACUCGAUGAUCUUCUACGAGAUAUUCGGACAGAAGGCCGUUGUCGAGCAGCCAGCCGAGAAGACCGCCGUCGGAAACCGCAACUACGCCAACAUUCUCGCUCUCUACCAAACCACCUAUACGGAUCAGAGCGUCGCCCCUGCUGCCGAUGCGUGGGCUCGCAGCCUUCGCGACGAGGUAGUCAAACCCGAGUACUCCGGCUACGACAUCGAGUCCGUAUACAUGAACUACGCCCACGGGAACGAGAAGCUGGAGGCCAUGUACGGCUACGAGCCGUGGCGUCUAGAGCGUCUUCGCAGCCUCAAGAAGCGCUACGAUCCCAAGGGCUUCUUCAACUUUUACAAUUCGGUUCUCGGUUAG